UGCUUCGCCAGGCGAAUGCAUCGUGUUGCCACACGGUAGCACGAUCCGAUACCCGCAGAUGCCUGCUCCGCUCGGGCGCCGGGAGGUGGGCGCCUCAUCUGCCUCAAUGCACAUUCCCCUCGUCCACCAAAGCAAGCGGGAUCAAUCGAACCCCGACGAGACGCGCGCAUUUGCAUUGCGCCAGCGGGAGCACAUCCUCGCCCGGUGGGGUUCCAAGAACAAUGCGGCGGCAAACGAGGCCCGGGCAGCGAUCCGAAAGAGACAAACGAUUGGCCUGCAGGACUACGGCACGGAUUCAUCGUACUAUGGCCAGGUCAGCGUAGGAACGCCAAAGCAAAACUUCAACGUCGUUCUUGACACCGGUAGCUCCGACUUCUGGCUCGCCACAACCGACUGCACCAGCUCCGAAUGCGACUCAGCGACGUUGUUCAACCCGGCCUCGUCCUCUUCCUACCACAGCGGCAGCACACCCUUUCAGAUCCAAUAUGGUACUGGUGCCGUGGCGGGGACAUUGGUGGCGGAUGACGUCUCGCUCGCCGGCUACGUCGUCAAUGACCUGACCUGGGCAAAUGUCGAUCAGGUCGCCUCGGGCACCCUCACCCCAGGCAGCUCGGGCAUCAUGGGCAUGGGCUUUGAGGAGCUGGCCGAGUCCAAGACGACUCCCUUUUGGCAGGUUCUUGUUGAGCAGAACCUACUCAAGACCAACGUGUUCAGCUUCCAACUCUCGCGCGCUCCCACGACGGCGACUUCGGCUACCUUUUCCCCCGGUGGCGUCUUCACCCUCGGCCAGCUCGACGGAAACCAGUACAGCGGUGACAUCUCCUUUGUCAACGUUGUCGGCAACGACGGCUUCUGGUCCAUUCCUCUCGAUGCCAUCACCGUCAAUGGCAAUACGGCCACGUUGUCGAGCGGCAACACGGCCGCAAUCGACACGGGCACCACGCUCAUCUCCAUGCCCAAUUCGGUCCUCGAACAGGUCUUUUCCCAGAUUCCCGGCGCUACGCCCACGCAGAUGAGCAGCUCAAGCGAAGGCUUCUACUCGAUCCCUUGUUCCUCUAGCAACAUCAUCUCGCUGCGGUUCGGCGGAAAGGACUACACCAUCAGCGCCCAAGACCUCCUUGCUGGUCGCCUCUCCUAUUCAAGCUGCCUCGCCGCCCUCUUCUCGCUCGACCUUGGCGACAGCGGGCCAGACUACGUCGUCGGUGACACCUUCCUCAAGAAUGUCUUUACUGCCUUCCAAUACUCGCCUGCUGCCGUCGGCUUCGCUGCGCUCAAGGACUCUUCGGGCGCCCAGACUGUCGCUACGUCGUCGGGCGUCGUCGGAAGCGCCGCCGCUACGGCCACGUCGGCCGUGUCGUCUGCCUCGAGCGUGUCCUCGGCAAUCACAGGCGUGCCGGGCCUGCCCAGCGUGUCGUCCAACACUGCGACCACAUCCGCGUCGACGAACGUCGUCGGCGCCUCUGGUCUGCCCCAGCCCAGCGCCAUCUCGACUUCUCAGACGGCCGCGCCCACUCUGCAAGCGGCCGGAUCCGGCUCGAGCUCCAGCUUCGCUUCGCCCCGGGCUCCUCUCCUCUUCUCACUUGCCCUUGCAGCCCUCUUUGCCUUUGCAUUUGCACUCUGAUGCCCUACUCUCGCCUAGGCUAUAAAACUUGCUUUUGCUCCAUUCUCUCUCUUUUCUCCCUCCAUUGCUCUCUUUCUUCAUCGCACGGAUUCUUCGCCUUCUGCCUCUGCUUUUUUUCUUUGCUAUUGCUACAGCUACACUUAUUGCACGCACAUGUUGCAACCCUCUUCGAACAAUGUCAUACUCCAGGACAUCGGCAACGAAGUUCUCUCAAUCCAGAAAGCCCUUGAUUGCACCGCCCACAUUU